AUGGUGAGAUUUAGCAAUGUCCUUGUCGCGAUCGUAAACUUGAUUGCUCUUAUUAUCUCCUUUCCGAUCAUCGGCAUAGCGCUAUGGUUUCGACUACAACCCUUGAGCGAGUGUGAGCGUUUCCUCCAAUUUCCCCUCUUCGCGUUGGGUGCCUUCCUCUUCCUCGUCUCCGUCUUAGGCUUCAUUGGCUCAUGCUUUCGCAUUUCCAUUUUCUUGUGGGUUUAUCUUUUCCUUAUUUUCUUAUUGAUUCUUGCCACCAUCAUCUUCUCUGUAUUCGCUGUCGUCAUCACGAACAAAGGUGUCGGUGAAGUGGUAUCGGGGAGGGGGUACGAGGAAUAUCGGCUCGGGGACUACUCGAAUUGGCUACAAAAGAAUGUGGGAGAUGGAAAGACUUGGAAGGUGAUCGAAGGGUGCAUCAAAGAUGCCAAGGUUUGCGGUAAGUUUGACAGAGAGGUUGGCAAAAAGGCCACUGAAUUCUACAACAUGAAUCUAUCACCAAUGCAGUUGGGGUGUUGUAAGCCUCCUUCCUUUUGUGGAUUCACUUAUGUGAAUUCUACCAAUUGGGCAGUUACUAAGAGUGGCCUUGCAUCAUCGGAUAUCGAUUGCAAGUCAUGGAGCAAUGAACAAGAACGACUUUGCUACAAAUGCAGCUCGUGCAAGGCGGGGUUCAUUGCCACUCUCAAGGAAGGAUGGAAGAAGAUCGCCAUCUUCAACAUUAUACUUAUUGUUUUCCUUAUCCUAAUGUAUUCACUCGGUUGUUGUGCUUUUAGGAAUGAUAAAUCUCAUCGUCCUCCGAAACAUUACUAUCGAGGGGCAUACCCCUAA